UAUUAUAAGUAAAGGACAAUUAUGUAAAAUCGAAAUUAUAUUAACGAGGUAUCAUAAUUAUAUUGAUUAUAAAAUGAGUUAUAAAAUAGUGUUUGGCAUCUAUAUCCUUUCUUCUUGCCUAUCUUUCCCGUUGUUUCUUUCCUCUCCAUACAGAAAGUAGAACCGAAAUGGCUAAAUAGAACAAUUCAUUUGCUCAGAGAGAUUUUAUAUUUUAGAAGUUUGAUUUCGAAUGAAAAACCAAAAGACCAGACCAUACAUGAAUGAAAACUGUAGGGACAUGUCCAUUGGUUAAGGAGAAGCAUACAAAGAGACAAUUCUUGGCAUGAUUUCGUGUUACCCAGAAAAGUUGCAGCUUUUGAGGGAGAGAGAUUUGGAGGGAGGCUCGUCUUUUAAGGGAUAGCAUGACUUAAAUUGAAGGGUAUGGUCUGUACUACUAAUCUGCUGCUUCGUUGGAGAAAGAGCUUUUGAAGCCAUCCCCAUCACUUCUCUCUCUCUCUCUGUGUGGCACUGCAGGCAGUGUGGUGUGCGUGGGGUGGUCUAUCUAGUCCGAGCAUGGUGUUGGUGUACAUUUUAAACCAUUUUGAGGGUUCAUUUGCCGACGGUUUUAAGGCUUUUGAACCAUUUUGUUCGGAUCUUCCAUACAACAAAGGAGUUUCGGGUUUAAUACAAUUACCAUCUUCUUCCUGCAUCAAUUUCCUUUCUUUUUGAUACAGACAUCAUUUAAUCCAAACUUCAACAGAAAGGGAAAGAGUUCUUAAAAAAUGCCACAUGAUUUUAUGGGUGUAUAAUAUCGGUUAGGUCAUAGUGUGUAAUGUGUCGCGAGUCUGACAUAUUUUUGUAGGCGGGCGAGUACGAAAAUGACAUCCCCACCCGUGCAUGCUGACACGUGGCCCCCGCCGCUCACCACAAUUUGGCGGUUGUGCUGCCACCAAAUGUUCUGCUGAUCGAGGAUAUUUCCGUCAUUCCGAGAAGGAAAAACCCUAGAGGCUAGGGUUUUGUGCAUAUCCACUGUGCACUCUCUGUCGGUUUCUGUGUGUGCGGGUGCGCGGGUGCGUUUUGCAUGUCAGUUCCUAUUUAGUGCAGCGUUCUCUCUGUUUUGCGCUGAAUGCCAGAGUCUCUGUUUUGGGGGUUUGUUCAUUGCUUCUGUUUCUCGCUUCAGUCCCUCUCUCCCUCUCUCUGGGUGAAAUUGCAAAUUCUUGGGAAACUGGGUUUCAUGGGCGUGAUGGAUAGGAUUGAAAAUGUGGUGUGUUUCAGAACUAUUUAUACCUUCAAUGCUUCCUUGAGAGAGCAAAAGAAAAAUAAAACUUCGAAGUUUACUCUGGUUUUAUUUGGGAGUUUUUUGUAUGAAUGUAUGACACCAUUGUUGGUUAUGAUUCAGGAAUCAUUGUCCCAGGCUAUAACGGCUGAGAAAAAGAAGUGCUGUGCCGAUUGCAAGACCACGAAGACCCCCUUGUGGAGAGGGGGACCUACUGGGCCCAAGUCAUUAUGUAACGCCUGUGGGAUCAGAUACAGGAAGAGGAGGAUUUCUAUGGUGGGUUUGAGCUACGGAUCAUACAGGAAAAGAGACAAGUCACACUGUCAUGGUACUUCUUCUGCUACCAUCACCACCACUGCUGCUGAUACAACCACAUUCACUGCUAUAACUGCUGGUAAUGGUGGUGGCAGAGACCUUAGUGUGUCCUUGAAAACGAAAUUAAUGGCGUUGGGUAAGGAUUUGUUGCUGCAAAGGUCACCAUCAGUGAUGAAGAAACAGAGGUGGCAGAGGAGGAGGAAGUUGAAGGAGGAGGAACAAGCAGCCUGGUCUCUUAUGGCACUGUCCAGUGGUUCUGUUUUUGCCUGAAAGCCGAAGGAGUAAAAAGAACACAAAGGGCACAAGACAAAAAACCGAAAAAAAAGAAAAAACCCCUAACCAACCAACCAACCAACCAACCAACACUGCAUCACAUAUACCUUUUGUUGUCCUUUUAUACUACUUUAUCGAAACUCCCCUUUGAUGUUAUUAGGGUUUUUCAAAUACAGAAGAAUAUGAAUGGAAUAGUUAGGGAAAUAGGGAGUCAUAUAGUUAGUGUUUAGGGAAUGAUACUCCUGUCUUUGGUGUUACAUCUUUAAUUAUAAUGUACAUGCACUCUGAAGUAAUGGUAUAUAUGAUCUUUCAUUUCGAUA